CUUGUGAGAAUCGAUUUGCCCGGUGUCGAAAUGUGUAUGGGGCUUACGAGAAACUAAAUAUACAUAUGGGGUAUGCCUUAAUUACAGUAUUAAGUCCCUCGACUGCUCACUUUGCCCUUCUGCUCCUUUCGACUCUGGCCUCAAUUUUCAACUUGAGCGCGCAUUGUUGCCUUCGAAAUACUGCUUCCGUCAGGGCUUCUCGGAUACUGGUUUAGUUCGACUUCGGUUUCUAGGCAGCUUGUAGAAUGCCGUACGGGAACCUGGACGAUCUUGCGCGUCCGUGGGGUGGGAUGGUGGGCCAACCACCACAAGCUGCUGGCUAUGGUCUCCCCGCUCGAGACUUCGAAAUCACUCAACCACAACAGCAUCGCCAACAACAGCAAUCCACUCUGCUUCAACGGCAUGAUCGUCUACGAAACGCCGCGGCGGUGCUUGAUGAGAAUUUACAGCGCGACCGUUACCCUGAUCUCUGGGAGCUUCUCGUCAGACUUUCCGAUGAACAGCUGAGAGAAGCCUCAACAACGCUUGCGGGAGUCCAGAACUACUUGAGAGCCGACGGUUUCGUGUCUCUGCCCAACUAUGUCUACGAGCAGUACGAUUCCGUUCAGUGUAAAACCUUUAUGGGCCUGUUCCCAGAAAUCGAACGAGUGUGGAUAACGAUGGAUUCGAAACUGUAUCUGUGGAACUUCAACGAUAACAGCCCGAACGCCACCUCUUGCUACGAUGAUCAGGAGCAGCUGAUCUGUAGUGUAGGCCUUGUGCGGCCCACCCCAGGAGUUUUUCUUGAACAGAUCGAUUACCUGCUUGUUGUUGCUACUCGACUGGAGAUUAUUAUUCUUGGCGUGGCUUUCGCCGUAAAGGGUAAUCCGUCGACAGAAUUGACAAUUUUCAGGACUGAUCUGUCGAUUCCUACCGAUAGCGAGCAUAUUCUGCAGAUCGAGGGGUCGAAAGAGGGGAGAAUCUUUCUGCGCACGCUGAGCGGAAAGCUAUUGGAGUUGCAGUAUCAGGCGACGGAAGGAUGGUUUACAAGGAGGAUCCGGCUAAUCAAUCAUUCUGCGUCAGCCUUGUCAAUGGUUGCUCCGACUUUCCUGAGAGACAUCGGUCUCCAAAACCAAGUCUACUUGAUGACUCUCGAUCUCGAGCGCAAAAUCCUUUACACCGUCACAUCUCGAAAUACCGUUCAGCUUAUUUAUCUGGGCCGGGAUGGCAAAUCAUUCCACCGCGUAAAAUCUGUGUCUGAUGCUUUGAGCCGCCUGUCGUCAGGGUCUCGCACCGAUGAGGGAAUUGCCAUUCAAGCUCUUUACCCCGUCUCCAACGCGGAGUCGCAGAAGAUUCAGAUGGUGGCUAUUACCACCAGUGGCGACAGGCUUUUCUUUACCGUAUACUCGAGCAACGAUCGCAGCGGCUGGGAUGGACAACCUCCCUCGUCUGAACCAAAUACCCUGGAGCUGGUGUAUAUUUUGCCAUUGGUGCAAAGGAUCGUGGGCCCGGGUCUCUCGUUGCACGAAUCGUACUACGCCAGCGGACUUCUUCUGGCCACUUCUGCGAUGAGCCAAGAUGUUGAUAGGUUGUACGGCGUCGCAGUACAUACUGGUGCCAUAGCUCAGCAAGCUUCGAAAUUUUGGAUAGAUAAUUAUGGAUAUCAUGAUCAAGAAGGGAAGAUCUGGCAGAUAUCAGAGAUGGCCACCCGGUCGACUGUGCCGACUGCAAAGAUUAGCAAGAGACCGGAAGCUGGAAACGUACUCAACGAACUCGCUACGCAGUUGGAAGGCCCCGCUCGAUCCUUUCGCGUCCUUACAAAUCAGGGGAUUUGGCGACUGAAGAAACUCCGGCCGCUGGAUAUCUUGUGUGAGAACAUCAUCACACCGGAGGAGCAGAGAUCCGGCGGAGGAUUCGAAGAGUUCUUGCAUGUCUACGGGAGUGCGGAAGCUUGUGCUAUGUGCUUAGCCGUCGCAUGUCAGCAUCCUGCAUCUGAGACCUUGUUUCAAGAACAUGUGGGCAGUAAAGGCUUACUCAUAUCAACAGCGAGUCGCCUGUUUGAUGACUUUGGUGGCCAACCCUCCAUGGCUCAGCUCAACAGCGGUUUCGAUGGUAGCGGACCUUUGGGAUAUGCCAUGUAUUCCCCGGAAAUCAGACACAGCGGGAGGCAUGACGGCUUGGCACUCUAUCUGACACGGGUACUGAAGCCGGUCUGGAAGAACAAAGUGGUGGUCAAAGAGAAGGGCUACGCUUCCAACUUUUCACCACAGACGCUAAGUGACAUCUUGAGCGCUCUGGACAGCCUUGGCGCCUUCCUCAAGGAACGGCAGAACUUCACCGCCCUGCCUACGCCCGAAAGUAGACCUCAGUCCGUGGAAGGCGAAGCAUGGAGAGCUGAACAGGAGUCGUUGCAUAAUCUCGAUGAGCUGCUCCGCAUUAGCACAGAGACGGUUUCUCUUGUACUCAUGCUCGCGGAGAACAAAUUGGACGCUCUCAUCAAGCCGUUGCCGAAAGCACAACAGGAAGAUGUGGAUGGUCUGACUUACGAAGCAGCAAUCACAACGCAAAAGGGUCUCGAGACUAUCAGAGCUUUGAUGGCCGCUUACAUCGACCGCGAGAUCGCCGAAGAGAGGAAUAUGGAGAUCAUCGGAGAACAGUUACAGACCAUAUGUCCGUCCAUCUGCCGACAAAACGAUGUCAUUCUAUACAAAGGGAUUGAAAGCAUUCAAUCGGCACGCAAUCAACCUAGUGCCGAUAUUCAGGCUAUGAAGCUCAGCGAAGCAUUAAGCCUGUUUACCCGCGUCAUUCUUGACAUUCCUUUCAACAAACUCCAAGAGAUCAACGAGAAUUUACGUGAUAUGGAGUGCUUUGAAGGGAUCAUCGACUUGACUCUGAACUGGGCAAGGGCGCAAGAUGUCAACGAAGGUGCGGAGGCACGCAAUUCGCGGUAUAACGCCGGGUACGGGGAAGCCUUACCGCAGACGGAAUAUCAAGAAAGUGGUUUGGUUCGAAGAGGACGCGCCUAUGAUAUCAUAUUCCAGACGAUCGGCUCGUUGGAUGUAUCUGGAAUCCAAAACGGCGGCAUAUAUGGGCAGAGACAUAGUAGAGACCACUUGGCGAGGACGCGGUUUCACCUCAUCAAGAGAGCUCUUGAUUCAGAUGAUGUUUCCUUCCAUGAGGCAUUUUACAAGUGGCUCAUCGAGCAAGAUAAGACCGACGAGCUGCUUAAGCUGCAUACCCCAUACCUCGAAAAGUUCUUGACCCAAGCCUCCGCGGACCCUGGGAUGAUGGAAUUGCUCGCACGGUAUUAUGUCCAGAACGAACGCUUUUAUGAUGCGGCGCGCGUGUACCGCAUGCUGGCCGACGCCGCUGGGCUUACAUUCCAUGACCGCUUGACCUUCUUGAACUUCGCGGUUGUGCAAGCGCGUACGGCUCUCAAUACCGAGCGGAACAUCAAUCGACAGGAGAUGGAAGACAUCCUGGAGGAAGCUGCAGUGGCUGAAGUGCAGGCGGAGCUCCUGGCAGUUGUGACACGGACAGAAGUCGGAUUGACAGAUGAAGCGCUUCACAGACUAUCUGAAUGCUUUUUGCCAAUGAACGACCUCUUCAACCACUACGCAAAGCCUUGCAAGUUGUACGAGAUCCAACUGCACAUGAUCCAUGUCUCCGAAACGAACAAUCCCCGAUUCCACGCCGAGCAGAUAUGGAGCGAAUUGCUACGUAAAACGAAAGAGAGCGCGAUAGAAGCCAACAGGGAUGUUUUCACCGUAUUGCAAGACAAAGUCCGUGAGAUUGGACGGCGCUUCAUUUCCGAUGAAAACAUCUUCCCCAUACCCUUCUUGGUCAACCAGCUUGAGCAGGAGUGCUACCAGGCGGUCCAACAGAAUCGACCGGCCCCCGAGCACGGCUGGGCUGUCAAAGUAUUCCGUCAGGUCAAAGUCCCUUUCCCGCUCUUGUUCCGCGCUUACAACGAAAUCUUCGAUGCAAAGCUGCCGCCAUGGUCAUCGCCUCGCGCGCUGACCUUCCUCCUCGAAGACAUUGCUGUGCUUAUCAGCGAUUGGUUGCGGGAGCGAAAAUCGGGGGCCGGAGAUCCAUCAACACAUAUCCCGGUGCAGAUCAUCGACGAUGCCAUCCAGAAGUACCUCGUGACUGUGCACGAUGGAGAAGCACGGGAGCUGGUCGCACGUUUACAGACUCUCGCUCACAGGAUAAGAGAAUCAUAACGACGCUUGGAGCGCGGGGAGAUACCCCGUGAACUUGGCUGCGACUAGAACGAGAUCCGAGGUUCGCAAGGUGGAUUGGCACUUAGAACCUGAUGGAAGGCUUUUAUGAUUAUCAUGUUGAUAUGUAUAUUUUACAUUCGAAAGGCCGCUAUCAUAUUAUAAUGCUUUCUUGAUUUCGAAAUUGAGCAU